AGCCGUGUUGCACGCUAACUAACACAUUGCAGUACCACUGCAGUGAACUGAGUUAGCUAGUCGGCCAGCUUUAGUCGGUUAGCUACAACGUAAUGCUGAGGUAAGGUGGACAGACGACACCUUAACAUAACGUUAGGAAGUGCUCAUUUUACUUAAAGGCAACUAAACUUCUGUGCAGCUGAACUGAUUGAAAACAUGGAUAAGAAAGCAACCUGGGACCGCUUCUACACUGAGAGCAGCAGCAGGACAUCCACCUUCAAAAACUUUGAGUGGUUCUUUAGCUUUGAUGCUGUCCGAGACUUCAUCAUGCCCCUUUUGCAGACCAAGUCCCACACAGAUGCUCUGCUCCAAGUCCUGGAUAUGGGUUGUGGCACGUCUGCUCUAGGGCCCUGUGUUUACAGACACUCUCCCAUCCCGGUCCAGGUCACUUGCGCUGACAUUUCCCCCAUAGCUGUGCGACUAAUGCAGGAACACAUCCAAGCCAAAGCCAUUCAACCUCACAAUCUUUCUUCUCUGCUUGAGUUUGUAGAGCUGGACUGCACACAGCUUCACAAGCACUAUGGUUCUAGCAGCGUGGACCUUAUAGUGGACAAGGGCACCACAGACGCCUUGUUGAGGUCUAAGGAAGGGGAAAGGAAGGCCGGUCUGGUGCUGAAGCAGUGCUUGAAGGUGUUGCGGAGCUCAGGAUCUCUGCUCCAGUUCUCCGAUGAGGACCCUGAUGCCAGGCUGCUGUGGCUGGAGACUGAGGCACAGGAGCAUGGCGUGAUGGCGGCAGAUGUUGGGGUGCAGGAGGUUGGGGAGAUAAGGGGAGUGUCUUACUACUGCUACCAAGUGAUUCCUCGUCCUCUUGUAUAGCAGCAACAUUGUACAUCUGGACGGUCAUAAGAUUAAAUGAGUAAAUUAUUGAACACGA